AUGGCGACUGGGCAGGCGCAGUACUACCCACGUGGACAAGCAGCGCAGCAACAGUUUUCUCCUCCCCCAGCAGCAUCAGAUCGUCAGCAGAGCUACUUUCCUCCGCCUCCUGGCGAGACCCAACAGUCAUCUGUCCCGACUACCUACACACCACCACCACAGCACUUCGCUCCACCACCUUCGAUCUCCCCACCGCUUCCAGACGGCAAUGUUGGCAAUGCUCUGAGCUCAUAUAAUGGUGUCUCGCCACUGGCAACGCAAGAAGAGAAGGCACUACCAUACUACCCUGGUCCACCACAGCAAUCAGCACCAUCAGACAAAUCCCGAGAAAUGGAGCCAGAACUGCCAAUGUCGCCAACGCGGCCUUUUAACACAAGCAGGCAGUCAACGAUGCCAGGCGGUGCACCUCCACAAGGCCACUUUGUAGGCGCGAGUGCAACGAUAGACGACGUGGGAACUUUCAAUGGAGGAUCAUACCGCAUCAGUCACCGAGACAGCAACACGAUCAUCACAAUCCAACUGGCGAUAGGCUGCCCGUUGACCGUAAAGCCUGGUCUCAUGAUUGCCAUGUCUCCUACAAUGACGCUGAAAGGCAACUUCAAGUUUGGCAUGAAGAAGUUACUAGUCGGCGGCGAAAUGGCGCAUAGCACUUACACCGGCCCUGGGGAGCUCCUGCUCGCGCCUCAUGCCAUCGGCGAUGUUACUAACAUUCGUCUGACUGGCAACGAAUUGUGGUCCGUCGGAAGAGAUGCUUUCAUGGCGUGUACACAAGGGGUGACCAAGGACUACAAGGCCCAAAGCUUCAGCAAAGCCAUGUUCUCAGGAGAGGGCCUAUUCGUGUACAAAAUUGGCGGUGUUGGUAUUUGCUGGAUACAGUCCAUGGGUGCGAUCAUCCGGAAAGAUCUUAGGGAGAACGAGAAGUAUAUCAUCGACAACGGCCACCUCGUUGCGUGGAAUUGCAAGUACGUCCUCGAGCGUAUUGCAAGCGGCGGAAUCAUCAGCAACCUGAGCGCGGGCGAGGGUCUGGUCUGCAAAUUUACUGGUACGUUUUGUAUCGACCAACAUCUACUGCGAUCGCUUCCUGACAGUGAAUUAGGUCCUGGCACCGUCUUCAUGCAGACACGAAACCCAGCAGCAUUCGCAGCGUACAUGAUGGCGCAUCAGGGCGCUUAG